UGACAGUAUUCAUCUUAGCGAGGCGCAGGGCGGCACAAUGUCUUUUACACUCAAGGUAAACCAGGAACCAGGAUGCAAGUCGGUAGGUGUGAACUGGCCACAGGGGUUUCCUAACGGAACAAGAAAAAGGCAAGGAAUCAUAGACAUGAAUAAUGAUCUCGAGAUACCAACCACCAUCGGUUAAGCCUUUGGGUCAUUUCGGGUUUUCUUCUUUUUUUUCUUUCUUUUUCUUUCUUUUUCUUCUUUUUUUUCUGGCUCUCACCCUUACCUUUCCCGUCUUGUCGAGCGAUUUUGCCCAAGACGCUCAAACCCCAGUAUUGCUGUCUUCUGACAGCCGGUGCUCGAUUCAUCCCAGAAUGAGAACUGAACGGAAUGCUGGAAUAUCAAACGUCGAUCAAAGAAGGCCCCUCACAUAGGUCUUGUCGACCGCUGCCCUCUCUGGGGGCGGAUGUGUGAGG